AUGACGCUCGAACAAGCAGAGAAAAUGGUAGAAUCGGUUCCUCUACCUAAGGCUAAGGAUGAUAUCAUUCUGGAAAUUUUGUUGAGGUUUCCGGUCAAAUCGUUGUUAAGAUGUAAGUCUGUUUGCAAGUCAUGGCGGUCUUUGAUUUCCAACCCUCUUUUCAUUAAAUCCCAUCUUAAACUAUCAUCGACUAAUAUUGCACAUCAUAGAUUAAUUUUCACUUACAACAAAGAAAAAAACCUUAGAACUUGUCCUCUUGAUGAUAUUGUGUUUGAGAAAUCUGUUGUUAAUUCCUUGGACCAGGUUUGUCCAUCUGAUGGUCGAUGGAAAAGUGGUUAUGCUUUUCCUCUAAAAAUCAUCGGUUCAUGUAACGGAUUAGUAUGCAUUGUAUUCUUUCGUUCAGAGGGGAAUAUUCUGUUUAUUUGGAACCCAAGUACCAAAAUUUCGACUAGGUUAUAUUCCACUUUUGACAUGUCGCCUCCGCCUGCUGGAAAGGAGAAUGUGGUGUAUGGUUUUGCGUAUGACAAGGCUACCGAUGAUUACAAAAUUGUAGCAGUAUCUCUGUGUGACCAAAACAAAGUGAUAAUGUAUUCAUUGAAAACUAGAAAUUGGAAGCAAAUUGGUGAUUUUCCUAAUGGUUAUCCGGUGAAUAUGUCUGGUGUCUUUUCAAAUGGAUUUCUUCAUUGGAUGGCUACACCUACACCUAGAGAGUAUAACGAGCCAAUCUAUCUGUGUACGAUAGUUUCUUUGGAUUUAGAUAACAAGACACAUGGUGAAGUUUCACAACCUAUGUAUGAUGAAGAUGGUAAAGUUGGUACGCUAGGGGCUUUGGGAGAAUGGUUAUGUGUGCUUUGUGAUUAUCGUGUAACUUGUGCAGAUUUAUGGGUAAUGAAAGUGUAUGGCGUGGAAGACUCUUGGACUAGAUUGGCUUCCAUCACAUAUCCAGCUGAUAUUUCAUCUCCUUAUUAUGAUUGGCCUUUGUUUAUCGGAAAGGAUGGGACAAUUUUAUUGCAUUCGGGGUGGAAUUUGGUUGUGUGCAAUACCAAUGAUGGUUCAUUUUCCAAUAUCAAAAAAUUUGGAAGAUGUACUACUAAUGCGACUAUCUUUGUUGAGAGUUUGGUUUCACCCUAUCCCCAGAACAGCCCUGGUUCCACUUUUUGUUCGUUGUAA